GUUUGAAGAGAAAAGAAAAAAGGAAGAUGAAGAUGCAGGAGGUUGUGUUCUUGGUGACUAUUUUCUGCGUUUCUUAUACCGAGCUGUUCAAGGGGGAAACCUUGCCCGAUUGCCCAAAAAGUUGUGGUACCGUUACUAUUGAGUACCCUUUUGGCUUUUCUCCAGGUUGUUGGCACUCCGAAGAUGUUAGUUUUAAACUCACUUGUAAGAACGAGACGCUAUUUUAUAAGGGCCUUAGAGUGGUCAACAUUUCUCACAGCAGCCAGCUACGCAUCCUGUAUCCUACAUCCUAUACUUGCUACAACAGCCAACAAGUUGUAGAAAAGGGCGUUUCCUACUAUACUGAUCAGGUGGGUAGUUUAACUCUCUCCGACGACAACAGGCUUACUGCAGUAGGCUGUGACACGUUCUCUUUUGUGAGCACUGGUGGAACUCGGAGAAACUCAUUUGGAUGCAUAUCAGUAUGCGAUGAUCAUCCCCUGCAAGUGGAAGCACAUAAUGAAUGUAAUGGUGAAGGUUGCUGUCAGACCUCCGUCAUUGCAGGGAGCAGUUGGUACAUAGUUAGAGCAUAUCGCUUUACCAACGGCACUAGUUUUCGCCGCUUCAGCAGUCCUUGCGUGUACGCCUUUCUCGCUGAAAAUGGCACUUUUAAGUUCAAUUCUAUGAAGGACUAUUCCUAUCUACAGAAUACGAGCUUCCCAGUGGUAUUAGAUUGGUCUAUUGGAGGAGAGACAUGCAGGCAAGUCGGAAAUGAGAGCUUGUGCAGUGUAAACAGCAUAUGUUCCAAUUCUACUCGCACAACCGGGUAUGUCUGCAAAUGUGAAGACGGUUACUUUGGGAAUCCAUAUCUUGAAGAAGGUUGCAAAGAUAUCAAUGAGUGUAUUAGUAGUAGACACAACUGUUUGGAUCCUAGUACCUGUGAAAACACGAACGGAAGCUUCACUUGUAACUGCCCAACUGGUUUCCGCAAAAACUCCACUAGUAGCUGCACGCUUAAAGAAAGGCACUUUGAAUGGACUCGAAUAUUUCUAGGAACCACUAUCGGCUUCUUGUUGAUCUUGCUUGGCCUUAGCUGUAUACAACAGAGAAUGAAGCACCAAAAGGACACCAAGCUCCGACAACAAUUCUUCGAGCAAAAUGGCGGUACCAUGUUGAUACAGCGACUCUCAGGAGCAGGGCCGUCAAAUGUUGAUGUCAAAAUAUUUACAGAGGAAGGCAUGAAUGAAGCAACUAAUGGUUACGAUGAGAGCAGGAUCUUAGGUCAGGGAGGCCAAGGAACUGUGUACAAAGGCAUAUUGCCAGACAAGUCCAUAGUUGCUAUAAAGAGAGCCAGGCUCGGAGACAAUAGCCAGGUAGAGCAGUUCAUCAACGAAGUGCUCGUGCUUUCACAAAUUAAUCACAGGAACGUGGUCAAGCUCUUAGGCUGCGGUCUAGAGACCGAAGUUCCCUUGUUAGUCUAUGAGUUCAUUACUAGUGGCACCCUUUUUGAUCACUUGCAUGGUUCAGUGUUUAAUUCUUCUCUAACAUGGGAACACCGUCUGAGAAUAGCCAUAGAAAUUGCUGGAACUCUCUCAUAUCUUCACUCCUCUGCUUCUAUACCAAUAAUCCACCGUGAUGUCAAGACUGCUAAUAUUCUCCUGGAUGAAAACUUGACUGCAAAAGUAGCUGACUUUGGUGCAUCAAGGCUGGUACCGAUGAAUAAAGAGCAGCUCACAACUAUGGUACAAGGAACUCUAGGGUACUUAGACCCAGAGUACUAUAACACAGGACUCCUAAAUGAGAAGAGCGAUGUUUAUAGCUUUGGGGUAGUCCUCAUGGAACUGCUCUCAGGUCAAAAGGCAUUGUGCUUUGAAAGGCCACAAACCUCAAAACAUCUGGUGAGUUACUUUGCCACUGCCACGAAAGAGAAUAAGUUGCAUGAGAUUAUUGAUGGCCAACUGAUGAAAGAGGAUAAUCUGAGGGAGAUCCAAGAAGCUGCAAGAGUCGCUGUUGAGUGUACAAGAUUGACGGGAGAAGAAAGGCCAGGGAUGAAGGAAGUAGCUGCAGAGCUAGAGGCAUUGAGAGUGACAAAAACCAAACAUAAGUGGUCAGAUCAGUAUCCUGAAGCAGAGGAUAUUGAGCACUUGCUUGGUGUUCAAACCCUAUCAGUGCAAGGGGAAACAAGUAGCAUUGGCUAUGACAGCAUCAAGAAUGUAGCAAUAUUGGACAUUGAAGCUGGCCGCUGAUAAUUCCGUCCAACUUUCACUAAAGACUUUGACUGUUGGCUACAUUCCGUUUGAUCUGAUCAGGUUUCUCCUCUCCACCUUCUCAUCCUCAUUAACAUUUAAACCUGAUAAUAAAACAAGACAUUAGAAAGAAAACCUUUUUGUUUGUGAAAUUCUUUUUUCGUCAAAUCAUCGAUCAUUGUGUUUA